UAUCCUUUGAAGUAUACCUGGUAUUUAUUCCCAAUACGAAUUGUGAAUUUUUAGUGGGGGAACAAAUUAUUUACACUAUUUAUUUGAGUAUUUUGAAUUAUAUGAAUGUAAAUAACGGAAUAAAAAAAAUAUUUGUCGUAAUAUCGUCACUGUUCGGAGUCGCGGAAAUGUUUUCGGUGUUUAUUCGCCUGAGCCCGGUGUUCGGUGAAAAUUCUAUAGCGUUAUCAUCAUUAUAAAAGAUAGUGACCAUUAAAAAUUGCAACUACAACAACAUGUCGCGUCGUAAACAGGCAAAACCGCGUGCAUUUCUUAAACUUGGCGAAGAUCCGGAUAAAUGUUCUAAUCUUGAGCUUUUGGAACCAAAUGCUAAAAAACAUGAAGAGAACAGAACAGCUAAUUUGGAAAAACAAAUGAAACCUGAAUUUAGCAAAACACAUAAACAGCAAUGUGAUCAAAAAUUGAACUCAGCAUCAGCAAUUAAACUAAAAAUAAAAGUAUCUCAUGAGACUUCAGCAGUAUACACUAAAUAUGAACAAUCAACAUCGAAUAAUAUUGUAAAGAAUACAACAAAUACAAAACUUGAUAAUCCGACCAUAAAAAUGGAUAACGACUGCGUUAGUAGUAUUUCCACGGAAGGAAUACGGGAGUCAGACAACGAAGAUAUAGAAUAUUUGAAUGACGAAGAAUACACUGAUGAUGAUUUACACAGUUUGGAUAGUUUCUAUUCUGGUAAGUUAAAUGUGAAAAUAUAUACAUUGGCCGUAAAUAAAUAUAGUAAAUUGUAUAUAUGCAUGUAUAUUCCUACAUGUCCCAUGGACGCUCGGUAAUCUGAAUCUCUUAAAACUAAUCCGGUUACUAUUUACGAACAAUAUUUUUAUACUUUUGCAACAUGUCGCAUCAGAGUAUAAUAAUUUUCUACUCCUAACGGUUCUGCGUAUCACCUAGUCGAAAUAGAUAUUGGGUCAUUUAUAUGUAUAUAAAAGAUCCGGAUGAUAAUAUAAGUUGAAAUCCGGGUGACUGUCCGUCAGUAAAAAUUAAGAUAUCUUUAAGAAAUUUGGUAGCGCGUUACUUAGUACCCGCUCCAACGAUUUGGACUUUAGUUCGUGCCAUUCUUCUCUCAUCCCUGUAUCACAGUGCGAAAAUUCACGAAAUCGGAGUACAACCACGUCUACUUCCCAUAUAGCACACUUUUAAAAUCAAUUUGAAAUUUUCACUUGGCAUCUUAUGACCAAAAAUUU